CAGCAAUCAUAGCAGAUUAGCUGCUUUUCUGCAGUCAAGAGACAGUAACAUUGUAUUUUCUGUGGUUACUGGAAAUAUUUUUCUUAAGUUACUGUUACUUCUAAGAUGAUUGGCUCGAAGGCCUUUGGCCUUUUGAAAGAAGUAGCCAGACGUUCGGGCCAGAAAACUGUAAAAACUAACUUCCAGCAGAUACGUCUUGGUAGCCAUAGUGCACACCCUCAUGGAGGAUGGUGCUAUCGGACAGCUCCUACACCUCCUGCAUGGGCUGUCAGAGGAGCUAAUUUCUGUGCGACUGUUUGUUGGUUUUGGUUUUGGUGGAAUAUAUGGCACGGAUGGCCUCAUUUGAUUGGUUUGUAUGAUGGAGAGUUUUUACCAGACCCUAGAAAGUACACAGAUGAAGAACUGGGUAUUCCACCAUUAGAGAAAAAAGAGUAAUUGAAAGAUAGUCAUUUUAAAGGGUAUUGAAAGAUUGUUAAACUUAUGUUAAAACCAAUAAAGUGAAAACUGUUUAAUAUA